AGCUAGUUGCGUCUGAGACUACUAUGUUUGAUGUGACGUUGCAGUUGAGAAAAUGCAUCCUAAUAAAAUUCCUCUUUCCUUUCGCGUCUUCGGGACAGUCGAUGACCAUAACUCCUCCUCCGCAGAGGAAGAACAGCAUCUUUGAGCCGUGCUAACUGCAAGCCCAACACGGUAUUUUGAGUACGUACGCAGAUUUUAGAAAAGACACAUCAACGCCACCUACCCCUCCUCUCAUGCGGGAGACUACAGCGUUGCGUUUGAUGAUAUGCGGCAGUGGGUAGCAGCAUAGGUACCCGACUCAAUCUAUCAGAUCUGUCUCGUUAUCUGUAGGGGUGUCUAACCUAAGGUACCUAUGUUUCCUGUGGGCUGUGGGCUGCCAAACACCGCCCGCGCGUAAGGGAUGGGUGGUCUACAGCUUUUGAUCUGCCAAUCUUGCUAGGCAUGCCAAUAUAGUUGCGAGGGCGUAUUAUAUGUACAGUAGUAGCCUUAGAUGGGUUAUCCAGUCUUCAUGUUGAUCGCGUUGUAUGGUGAACAUGAUCAGUGGGAGAAGACAGCCCAAUCGAUCCAGUUCACUGGCUUAAUACAUCUCGGGACUAAUUAAACUGAGUCCUAUUGAUAAUCAGCGUCUUAUAGUGUCUGGAAUACUUCCAUCCAUACGAGAGAGUUUAUUUUUCUCGCUCGAGUGAUGGUCGUCGUCGCCGUGGCUGGCGGCACAGGGGGUGUCGGUCGUGCCGUGCUAGACGCCAUCGCCAAAUCAGGUCGACACCGGGCUAUCGUGUUAUCGAGAACAGUGAGCUCGCUGCAACAAAACAACGUAGAAGUCGUUGUUUCCGCUCUUCUUCUCACUGAUGAGGUUGUGGCGCAAUCACAGAUCAACCUAAUCAGGGCCGCCGCUCAAUCAGGGACCGUGACAAAGUUCAUCCCCAGCGAAUACUACAUCGACUUUCAUGCCCCGAUCCCUGGUUCUCCCCCGUCUCCCAAAUUUGAAAUCGAGGCUGAAGCAGAGCUCUCGCGGCAUCCACAGCUCACAUGGACGCUGAUCAGAUUAGGCAUCUUCCUUGACCACCCGACAAUGCCGCAUAACCCCAAACCGACAUACGUGAGCCCGUAUUGGGUUUUUAUUGACAUAGACCAUGAACAAUGCGUUUUCCCUGGUGACGGGUCACAGUUGCUUGUGCUUACCCACUCGACAGACCUCGCAGCCUACAUCGAGUGCCUAGUCGGCCUCCCAGCUGAGGAUUGGCCGCGCGAGUCCCUCAUCGCGUCCAACAAGCUGCAAGUAAGGGACCUCGCACCUCUUGCCAAGAAGGUCACAGGGCGAGAUUUCAAAGUCACAUACAACCCGGUAGAAGCAAUUCGAGAGGGUCGCAUUACGCCUUUGCCCUCUAACCAGGCCGUGUUCGAUGAGCCAGUCAAGGGCGAAGUUUUCCGUCAAGUCGAAGUCAAAGUCAUGCUUUCGAUGCUGAGCCACGCGCACGACCUUCCCGGGAAGAACCUAGCCGAGCUCUUCCCCGAGGUCCAGGCGACCCAUAUCGAAGACUUUCUCCGAGCUGGGUGGGCACUCAAGCAGAGCGCAGCUACAUAG